UCUACGCCUUUUACCAGGAGUCAUGAGUGUGUACCAUCCCGAUGUGGUGACGUUCAACCGACGCGCACUUCUUUUACGUAACGAAAGCGCGUUAGAACGCGCGCGUGCGCUCUAUAUGUAAUCCGUCUCGGUUUCUGUCCUGCUCGUUUCUCUGUUGCGAGCGAGAAUCUUCGAUCAUCGAUAGUACAUCGCGUUCUCGUACGUUCUCGUGUUCCAUCGGAUCGGCCGAUCGGUUGCUUUCGUUAACCAGUGGCUCUGUAGGAUUUCGUGCCGCAUUGCUUUUACGUCUGUCGACGCGCGACGCGCGACCCGUCGUCGGUUCCGGAGUGUGGUUCGAUUUUCGCGCUUUCCCAUGGUUCUCGCUUCGAUAGUUGUAAUCGAUUGCACUCGAUACGAUUCGGUUCUUUCGACUCGACCAAGUUCACGGGGCAAAGCGCGCGUCCGUAGUACCGCGAACGCGGCAGUUCCUUCGGAGAAUCUCUCGAGUGCGGUCGUAACCAACGUUCGUGGUUUUCAGUAAGGAGUUUUCUUCCAUCGGAUACGAUACCCAGGCGUUUAUGUACACAUACACGCGCAGACGUUGAAAAUAUGGUGCUAUUCGACCAACGACUUCUCGGCAUCGAGUACACUUCAUUGAUGCAAUUUCGUAUUGUUUGUGGUGCUUCGUGAAAGGUGUGUUCGUUCAAACCUCAAGGCGGUGCGACUGUUUCGUGUGUGAUUUGAAUCAAUGAUUCGAAAGAAAAGCCGAUUACUCGGCGAUAAAAAAAAAAAAGUGAGAGUUUUAUCAGUGCAGUACUACGUUUUUCUCUGUGGAUUAUUGGAUAUACUAUACGCUUGCUCUGCGACCAGCCGACGGAGCGCAAUAUCGCUGCUCGCAAUUUAUGAUGCAGAGACAAAGCCGGAGUAGUUCGGAGGUGGAGGUUGCGCUUAUGCGCCCCGUAAGCACCGCUGGCUAAUAGCACCACGGCCCAUCCCUGACACCCUGCAGCCACACCAGAUCAGCAGUCGGCGUGAUAUGGAUGUGAGCUUCACGAACGUAUUAGAGGGGGCUCGCCAGUACUUCCAGGGACUGCCCGUGCCGAGUACAGGUGGUGCAACCGUGUCAGCGGAUCACAAUCUCGCGACAUCCACGAGUUCCGCCUCGUCCACAUCAGCGUCUCACGACCAUGGCUCCGCUUCAUCCGUGGCUCCUUCGUCACCAGUACCGUCAGCACCGUCAGCACCACCGUCACUAUCGUUACCGCCGCAAUCGGCUCCGAACAGCAGCAGCAACGAGGAACCGAGUCGCUACCCUGGCGACGUCAGGCCGUCCUCGGUGGACAACGGCGUUGCGGGCUCCAGCUACUGGAGCCCCUCCGUCGAACCCUAUCCUCCUCAACCGACCAGGGUCGAGGUCCCGGACACGAGGCCCGACGAAACCUCCACCAUAGAGCUCACCGCGAGCUCGUCGUCCUCGAACACCAUCACGCUGACGGAGAUGCAGCCAUCGAGCGGUCGAUCCUCGCAAAAGCAGUCGUCCAACGAUCAUCAGCAUCGCUCUCAACCGACGACGACGGUCACCGAUGCAAGCUCCCACUUGCACCAGAUGCAACCGCCCCAACAACCGCCGGUAUCUCCCGGUCCGGUGUACCAGCAGCUGAACAACGUCUCCAGAACGUCCUUCUCCACCGCGGAAAUACUCGCUUCGUCGCACCAGACGACAUACCAAACUGCCACGGACCAGCAGCCGCAAUCGAACCCGUCGGUGGUGGCGCAGAGGAACCAGUACUACCCUCGUUACCAUCAUCCGGACAUCACGAAGAGCGCCUCUGCACCGUUCGCUCAAAACUCGGUGUACCAGUCGGCGAACGUGGUGGCGACGCCGUCGGGGAACGUUCAGCCGGUGACGAGGUCCACCCCCGCGGAGCAGCCCAACGUUGUCUCCUCCGAGGGACUCGCUCAGGAGCAAAGGGUACCGAGUUCCUACUCCAGCGCGCCCCCGCCGACGAGCGUGCCGUCGAUCUAUGGAUCACCGUCGCCUCAGAGCUACCGGGCGUUGCAGCACCAGCCCCCCAGUCGACUGGGCUCCUCGAGCAACAACCCCGUGGCGGACAGGUCGCACUCGUCGCGCGUCUCCUCGUCUCCGUCCUGCUCGUCGGCGCGUCUCGGCAGCCUGAGUCACAUUCCUUCGUCUUCGUCGUCGUCGCAAAAUCUUCCGGCGCACAUUCCCGUGGUACGGUCCCAGCAGCAGCAGCAGCAGCAGCAGCAACCCGGUCAGAUGCAGCAUCAGCAGCAACAGCUAUCUAGUCGAAUAAACGCCGCUCCCUCGUACAGCGGUCGUCUGGUCGUCCACGGGACACCGACCGCGUCCCCCUCGUCCUCUAAUCAGAUGCCACCGCCCCCGGCGCUGACCGGUUAUCAUCCCGUCGCCUCCCCCCACGAUGCUCCUCAUCACGCCGCUCCCUCGCCGCACAGACAAUCUCCUCACGUGUCCGCCCUUCACAAUCCUCACGCCUCCCCUCAUCACGCCCCCUCGCCUCACUCAAGCUUCCAGCCUCACUCGCCGACCUACCCGCCCCCGCCACCUGCCACCUCCACCCCGCACUCGUACAGCCUUCCGAUCACGUCGCAGCACUACCAGCCGACCACCGACUACGCCGCGAACCCGUACGCGAUCCCGCCACAGUCUUCGUAUCAUUCCUUCCAAAAGAGUCCCCAGCCGCCGCACACGCAACCCAACUACUACACCCAGCCCCGAUCUCAGAGCCAGCCCUACGCGCAGCAGAUGCAGCUGCCAGCCCCCGCGCCGUCGAUCUGCUCGGGAACGGGUAACACCAACGGACCUGGCUACCAGCAGAGCAACAAACCGGUCACGUACAACGGCGUCGAUUCGAAGAGGAGCUCGAUGGAGGCGCCCUACGGCGCCUAUCGGUCCCCGCUGACCACCGUCCAGCGGAUCGCCAACACGCACAACCUUCCGCCCAUCGUUGCUCUGUCGUCCUAUCAUUCCAACAGGCGGGAGCCCGUGAGCAAGGCUCAACCGAUGCACAGACAGCGGGCAUACUCGGCCACCGCGGCUAGCAAGGUCGUCGGGACGCUGCCAUCCUCGAUGCCAGCACCCCAAAGGGUCGCUGAGUACCCGGCGAACCACGCGAUGCCCGUCAACGGAAGGACGACCACGGUCACCAGUUCCUCGUACAGCAGGUACCCGGGUCAGCCGGGCUACCCGACCUACGCGACCACGAUGGCGCCCAGCCACCAGGGCAGCAACUCCUCCAGCAGCACCAGCGUCACCUCCAUCGGCGUUACGGCCAGAUCUUCCGCCCCUGUCACCACCAUGCACGCCUACCAGUCCACGGACGCGACGCGCACGGCAUCAUCCUACCAUUAUCAGCCGCCAGCUCGAGCAACAGACGAUUACGGAUACAAGGAGUAUUUCUAUCCGAAUUCCUCCGCGUCCACGGUACAGUCCACGGCCGCCCCCGUCGUGGCCACCCCCCUGCAGCAGACCAACGGGAUCCGGAAGAGAGAGUCCCCCCUGGACCUGUCCGUGAAGACCGUGAAGACCUCGGCGGACUCCACCGCUCAGGACGACAUCGAGAUGAUCACGACGGAGAAGCACGUCGUCAGCAGCUCCACCGUGAUGUCCUCGAGAAGCAACGGGUCCAGGACGAUGCUACCCCCGGUGCAACCGCCCCCUCAAUCGUACCCCGGCUACGAGAACCGAUUGGGGGGCAACAGAUCCCACCAGAGCACCGGCGUCCGCGCCUCGACGCCGCAGACCGUCUGCGCCCCGAAGGUCGACUUCUUGCCGGACUUCAACUCCGCGCCGCUGCGUCACCAUCACGGUCAACCGCACGAGAAUACUCUACAGCGAAGGAGCUCGACGCAGCAGCUGUACGCUCCGCCCCCGCAGUCCCUUUCCUCCCAGCAUCCUAAUAAUACCGCUCCACUGCCCCACAUGUCCACGUUUAAAAAGACAUCACUGCCCACGGCGCAGGUGUACGACGCCGUCACCGUGCCAGCGCCGCCUCCGCCAGCCCCGUCCUCCUCUUACCUGUCGGCCAACGAUUCCGCGGCGUCCAGGUCGUCCAGGUACCCUCCGCCCAUGGUCGACCCUACCAGGAUCACCCACAGCGGACUGCCUCUCCAGGACUACCCGACAGAGUCGAAGUACUACAUGGACAGCAGAAGCAAGUUCGGUCAACCAUCGCCUCAGAGGGAUCGAGCGACGUCUAAGAGGCCAGGGGACGCGAUGUACGGAACUGGUGUACCCCACAAGCAACCCAGACUCGACACAUGGAUACAACAGAGACUGUCCACCGCCAAGGCGCUCUACGAGCAACAGAAGAGGCAGGAGAUGAACCUCCCAGUCCCUCUGCCCAACGGAACCCUCGUUGCACCGAACACCUACGAGCAGAGAUCGGACAGUGGCUACUCCUCCUCCGAGUCCUCAAGGUACCAGCAAGCCUACUGUGAUAAGAGGAGCUACGCGGAGCCCAAGGUUACCCAUAGCUCGCUCCCGUACAAUCAUCCCCCGGUCGCGAAACCGAGCAACGUCCACUCUCUGCCGCAACAGCUUAACCCCGGCCAGACGGCUUACUCGAAUUAUCGGCAAAGCCAGAAGGUCGGACCACCGCCCGGUCCCACCCCCGCCGGACAGCCCACGGAACCGCCGAGCAACACCGGCGCCGACAAACGGGUCCUCAGCUUGCUGAGAAACAGCUUGGAGAACAAGCAGCAGAGGGAGGAACAGAUGAACAGUCAGCAGCCUAUACUGGCCAACCACAGCCAACAGAGUUUUCAGAAUAAGGUUGUUGCACCGGUCGAGCCGAAAACAAAUAUCGGAAGACACAACCUGUCACCAUUCACGGCAGCGAGUUUGCUGGAACGGAAUAGCAACACGCCGCCCCAUUACAAGUUCCAUGUGCCGCGAGCGGUAGACUCGAUCACUCAGGAGGCCCCCCGCAGCUUGUACGGCUCGAGAGUAAAUUCAUCCGCCACGCUACCUGGCAAGGAAGCACUCCUGGGACCUCGAGGAGCCGAGAAUCAGAUUCACCGUGACAAAGAUGACGGCCUCGCCGCCAUAUUAGCCGCGAAAAUCAGAACCAAGGCGGAACUGAAACAGGUGGGGACCGGCCAAUUCGUAAUGAAGCCAACUACUCUGCCCUCCCUGGAUCCCUCCUCGACGCCAAAAGAGUUAGAUAGCGCUUCGACGUCCACGCCGCAGUCGGGCUCGUCGGCGGGUAGCCCUCCAAAGUUAACUCGCGAGAAGGUGGCUUGCCUACCGCCUAGAAGGCGACUGUUCUCGAGGACGGAAGAGGAGAACAUGUCCGUGGCCGCGACGGUCCCCGUGCCAGCUCCGGCGCCCGCGAUCGCGUCCACCGUGCCAGCUCGCGCCAGCGGAUUCAGAAGCUCCUCGGAGACGUCGGUGUUCGACUUCAGAGAAAGCGACUCCGAGGGCGAGAUGCCGGUGUUAGAGCGUCAGACCCUCGAAGAGAUGAGGCGGGACAGAAAACAGCUGUCCAAAGUGCAGCCGCCCGUUCCACUGAACGAUGCAAUGUGCAUGGGUAUGACCUCGUCGUCGGAUCUCGUGAAAAUAGAACUAAAGGAAAACGACAAGAUCACCGAGGUAGACACGUUCUGGUCCACCACGUGCGACCGGUUUAUGGAGCAGUUGCGCACCGGGGAGGUGAUGAAGAGACGCGGUCGCAAGAAGAAGACCAGCUGCACGGUGACGUCGAAGCUGGACGAGACGGGCGGCGACAGCGACAAAGAGUCGGACGCCAACGCGUCGCAGAUCAAGCCGGAGGACAUCAAGAAGGAGCUGGAGGACAUUGAGUCGUUGGACGUCAAGGAGGAGUUGCCGGAAACUAGCAAAGAGGAAGAGAGUUUGGAGACGAAGGAUAAUAUCAAGGUGGAGGUGAAAGCUGAGCCGGAAGCUGAACCACCUGACGCGUCCAAGGACGACGAGAAGGCAUCCAGCGACGAUUCCGACGAGGUACCGUUGAUCAGGCGGGCGAAGAAGAAGAUAAAGAAAGAGGAGAGCGACUGCGAGGAGGAGAUAGUCUGCAGGAAGAGAAGGGUGCGUCGCGGAAGCAGGAUCAAGCUGCAGUCGUCCAGCGGCAGCGAGUCCUCCAGCGAGGAAAGCGAGGGUAGCGCGGAGUUUGGUCCUGGUUCCUCGGUAGCGGACAGGUUAAGAGCUAGGAAACGUACCAGCAACAACGGUACAGAGGCUGAAGGGAUGAAACUACGAUCUAGAGACACGACGCCGCACAAGUCCAAAGACAAGGACCCGAAAGGUUCGAGCUCGAAGAACGCAGGGUCCCAGAAAGGCAAGCCCAAGCCUCUGUUCGGCGAUGGGAGCGACUUCAGGCCUGGCUGGGAGGAGGAAGUGUACGUGUACAAGAAGUCCCUGAGGAUGCCACCUAGACUGAUCACGGUGUCCAAGCCCACGAGGUUUCACAGGCUGUCCACCUCGUUGCCAGACCUGGACCCUGGCUCUCCAGCCUUGUCCGUGUCGAUGGACAGUUCUGACCUGUGCCUGAGCCGAAAGAAGCUCGUGGACAGCGACGCUGAGUCCAGCUAUAGCCUGUCCGGGAGCAAGAUCGACGACGAGGAGGCCACCUCCUCCACGACCAUCUCCUGCCCGCCGAAGCCUGUCAAGCACCCCAAGUCGGAGAGCAGCUCCAUCGUGGACGUGUUAGCUCAGAAGGUGGGUACCAGCAAGAGGGAGCAGAAGAGGAAGCAGAAGGACAAGGACAAAGGAGGCAAGCUGCUCCAGAAAGGCAGCAACGAGCCAGAGCUGCUCCCAACGCCCAGCCUCACGCCUCUGCUGGACACGUCCAAGCUGCCCAAAGGCAAGUCACCGAUAAAGGACAACAAAUCGAUGAAACCCAUCAAAGUGACCGACUCGUUCCUCCUCGGGUACUUCCGCAAAGAGACUGUCAACAACUUCCGCGACACGUUCAAAAACAACCACGCUCUGCCCAACGAGUUCUCCACCCUGGUGCUGAAGAGCAGGACCAGGACGGAGACGAGGGUUCUGAAGAAGCAGGCCACCAUCAGGGAAGUUUUCGGUGAGGACAGGCCAGCGUCCGCACCGCCCAUGCAGAACCACGACGACACUUCUCAGGACGACGAUUCCCAAAACGAGACGCCGCAGAACACCCUGGGGAAGGUGAGGUCGCUCAAGCAGAAGGUGGUGUCGCGUUUGAAGAACGCUGGCAUUUUGAGGAGCCACAAAGCCAUCCUCAACUCGAAGCGUCAUUUGUUGAUCGCGAAGAGACGGAAAGAUUUGCUCAAGUCACUCGCCGAGAAGAAGCUGCAACGCCUGAAGACCGAGGCGGAGGACGAGGUGGUCAAGGACGAGGUUCAGGACACCCAGGAAGUGGAGAACAUAGAGCUGGACGACGAGGCCAACGAGUCGGAGAUCCCCAAUAAAAAGAAACUGAAACUGCGCACCAGUCGACGAAAGUUUCGGUCGGGAUUCGACUACAUCCGGAAGAAGAAGAAACCGCUUAAGAAGGACGAAACGUUGCCUAAAGAGAGGAAGAGGCAAGUGUUAGCGAGGCCCAGUUCGGAAUGCGUCGCUGACAUCCAGUCGGAGAUCAGGACUUGGGUGAUCAAGAAAGGGGUUGGCGAGACGAUGCUGCAUCGGGCUGCUAGGCUCGGUUACACGGAUGUCACGGCGUACUGUUUGGAGAAGCUGAACAACGCACCAAGUCCUAAGGACAACGCAGGGUACACGCCGCUUCACGAAGCAUGUUCGAAAGGCCAUCUAGAAAUAGCGAAAUUGUUGCUCGCCUACGGAGCGAACGCCAGCGAGAGUGCCAACGGAGGAAUACGGCCGCUUCACGAGGCGGCAGAAAACGGUGCUACCGAACUCGUUCGCCUAUUGCUCUCCUACGGAGCUGAUCCCCUGUUAGCCACGUAUUCCGGGCAGACUCCAUUGAUGCUGGCUGCUGACACGGAAGCCUACUCGAUUUUGGAGCAACACUUGGACGACAUUCAAGGUCGGACUAGCACGCCCUGGUCCUUUGGCGGUCCCUCUUCAAUUUUUGACUUGGAAGAAACUGGCCACAACCCCCUGGCCGAUCCACCGUUGGAGAAUCCGGAGCCGGACUUGGACGAGGUCGAGAUGGAAGUGAGCGACGUGAACCUGCCGGUUCUGUUCACCCUGACCAACGACCCCGACAAGUGGGUGCUCCUGCAGGACCUGAUGGCGGCCCUCAGGGUGAAGAGCAGGGACGCGUUGCUGCGUCAAGUGAACCCGAAGGCGCACGCUGGUCCACCGGCCAUCGCUCAUCGCGACGUGAUGCGCGAGCUGAAGCUCCACGAUUUUCUGGAGCAGUCUCGUUGCUGUCACUUGCUGAGCGGCGGCGAGAGGAUCAACGUGCGCGGCUCGAAGGUCACCCUGAUCAAGUACAACGAGAAAGUGAGGUCACUGCUGAGCGUGGAGAGGGUCCUGAUCAACCUCAGGUGACAGGAGGUGCGGCUGGGGCAAACCUCACCCCAGGUCACGCCGUCUACGUCCUCCGCGAAGGACGCGCCGAGAAAGGAGAAGAACCUGUCGCCUAAGCGGGGCAGGCAGGCCAGAACGCGACAAGGUAACAAGUCCGCCGCGGAUUGAACGUCUGGACGAAACAGUGUCGCGGCGAUCGAAUCUUUCAAUUCACGCGCGUCUCCUUUCUCGCACGACAGGCUCGCGGCAACCGAACGUUCAGUCGACGGGAGGUGCGUGGGUGCAGUGAUUUUUAGGCAGACGCGAUUAUAUUAGCAGUAUUUAUCGGGGGGAGUCUACGUCCUCCCCUCCAUUCGUGUCUAAUCGCAGAACAGUGAUAUUCUAUCGAUAUACCGCAGAAUCGGCCGAGCGAUCGAGCCUCUAAUUGUAAACGCUUCUAGAUGAUCGUCGUCGAAAGCAGCACGAUCAAUAACCGUUCCUGUCCGAAGAAUCGUACCCCGGAUACUUCCUGAUGCAUAUUUAAACGUUUUAAUCCACGAUUCGAAGGGAGUCCCAACGCAGUCCUCGCGGAAUAAAUCACGGACGUUCUCUCGGGGAGGGACGGUCGCUAGCAGAAACGGAGAACACGCACGUGGGUCUAGAAAAUAUUUUUUAAUCGCAAGCUCGACUCGUUCGUUGGGAGGAGAUACAGCCAGGCUUUCACGUUACCACUCGUUAGUUUUAUUUUCGUCUCUUUAACCCCCCUCUCUCCCCCUCCUCGAAACCUUCCUUCUUUUGUACUAGCAGCGAGUCAAGCGAGUCGAUCGAACCAUUUACCGUUUAGAUUUUAAGUAACCGUUGAUUAGUCGUCGAAAGGAUGGGCGCAUUUACGUUUUCUGUUUCUUUUUUUCUUUCGUUUCUUAUUUGGGAUGUGCAAUUUCGCGGACGACGAAUGAAAGGAUGUGCAAUAACGGAUCCUCGUCUGCGUAAGAAACCGAGGAGAAGCGACCCGACGCGUUCACUGUUGUCCGGUUCCGUUUGUCUUCGAAGUUUCUAUCGUAGGAACGAUCGGAGUUACUUUUAAUUCGGGGGUCAGUUUUUUAGUUAGAAGGAUCGAAAAUAAAUGAAACUCUUUCGAAAUCUGUAGAUAAGAAUGAAUUCUAGAAAAUUGUCAAUGUCUGUCAUAUUUAGCAAUUAAUCUCGAAGUUUUAAAGGAUCGAUCACCGACGAGGUGACCAUGUUGUUGAAACUUUGUAUGUGAUCGAUAGAGUGCAGAAGCUAAGAUCAGCAGUGAACGCGUUGCAGGACCUAUCGGCCACGUCGUUGUCACUACAACGAUUCUAAGAAUGUACAGCAGGGAGCAGAGAAGAAAAGCCUCGGGGAAGAAUAUGGCACGGUCAUUUUUAAGCUAAUUGGAACAGCCAAUCCAGUUCGAAGAAUUCCUUCCAGGGCUUUUCUUUCGUGGUCCCUGCUCUACAACAGACGCGGAACAUUUCCGUCAAUCGUUGAUCGUACAGAUCGAGUAACUGGAAACGCAGACUCGAGCUUUGAUCUUCUGAUCAACAAUUGGACGACGAUUACGAGGUGAUUCUACGUGUGAUCGAUAGGGUGCAGAAGGCUCCUGAAAUAAAAUGUUUAGCAAAAGCCAGACUUGCGCGUUUCGUUUUGAUUCCGGUAUACAGAUUUCGAUCGUUCUAAUCAGUCUCAGGGAAAUAUCUCUAUGCGUAUUCUCGAUGUUCUGUGCGUUGUACGAAUCGAACAGGGACCCGGGCCAGGCGACAGACGGAUCCGUGUCUUCGAUCGGAGAAGGUACGGAUGGUUAUAAUUUAAUUCCUCGACGCAGAAGUUUGUACAGUAGACGGAAUCGUCGCGUUGGCUGGCCCGCGGGUCUCUGACCAUUAAUAUUAAUUUUUCUUUCUUGUCUGACGAUUUAAAGGAAUAUAUUUCGCGCGGACAGUGCGGUUCACAUGUGUACAUACUACCUAUUUUCGAAUAAAACGAUUAUCCGGAACGUGUGCGUCUACGCCUCGGUUCUCUUCGCGAGAUCGGACGAGAAAGUGUUGCUGUCGCGAGCCAGGUUGGCUGGGUAAAUUGUACGUUUUCGAGCGGAAAGUGGAACGUACGCGCGAGCAUGAACGAUGUAAGUAGCAGCCAGAGAACACACACGGCGACACUUGUUCAUAUUAGCGUAAAAAAGAACACGUGCAUAUGCGUACUGAUCGCGGAAGGCGUUGGAAGGGACUCGAAGGGAACUUGUAAUUUCAUUAAAACCGAACGGAUACGCUGCGUCGCGUAUGUACAUACUACUCGCAAUAUAGGGGCUAUCGCAAUUACUACAGCUACUAAUUAUUAUUAUUAAUAUUAUUACUAUUUACCACUACCGACACGGUUACUGCGCGACUACUACAACCUACCGCUAAAAUUACUAUUACUAUCGCCACCUUACCACUAUUACCACUACUGUCACGAUUAUCCGCUUUUUUUAUUGUACGAUAUAUACAUAAUAGCGAACUAUGAAUGUACAUUUUCUUAGCUGUAACGUCUCCCCCCUCCACUCCCGCCCUUUCUCUCUCUCCCCUCACCGGUCCCCGUACACCCCCUG